AUGCCGUCUACAUUGCCCAACGGCCACCAGUCCUCCCUCACAAAUGAUAUUAACGAGAAACAUGAUAAUCAAUCCUCCUCAAACAUCGGUAACGUGAGCGACAUGUCCGCAGCCAGUGCUGACGAGGAACACUCCUCCGAUGAAGACGCAGAGCACCUUGAGAGUGGGGAUGCGGAGUCCGAUGACCCCGCUGAGGAGUUUAAUGCGGAGAUAAAUUCCGACUCAUCGGAUAAUGACAAUUAUACCGAUGGCCUAGCUUCUCCAGUUUCUGAAAGGGUCAUGAGUGAGAAUGAUGCUGAUUCCGCUGUCGAAGACGCCUCUGGCGCGCAUCUCGCUUCUAUUUCGGCCAACUCAUCGACCCAUAACCUGAAGAGGGGCACAAAGCGAAAAUCCCCCAUAAUCGAGGAUGACUUUAUAAGAAAUAAUCCAAGUUUAUAUGGGUUGCGUCGCAGUAGCCGUGCGAGAUCUGUGCGCCAGACAGCCCAUACCACUUCCGAUUCCGACUCUGACGCUGUUGCACCCACUUCAAAGCGGAGACGACGCACCCCAAAUCGUUCAUCACAACGUCCCUCCCUCUCCCAAUCAAUAGAAUCUGCGUCUGACUCCGAUAGCGAUGAAUAUCAAGGCUCGCGUAGGAGAACCUCAAAAUCCAAACGUCGACGACUGGCUCAGUCUGCCGACAACCUAAUACCCACCCAUGCCGAAAUCCGCUUUUCUACUAGACGCGCGAAUAGAGUAUCUAAUUAUAAUGAAGAUGACGAUGACGAUGAAUUCGAAGAUGAAUCAGGGAUGAUGACACCAGGUGAAUGGGCUACGGCAGUCGAUGACACAACUCCUGGCAUUGACGUCGUGCUCAACCAUAGGUUCAAGGACGGCAUUGACAUCACACGACACGACCUGAGUCGCCAUGACUGUGAGUUCUAUAUUAAAUGGCAAGGGAAAUCCCACUAUCAUGCAACUUGGGAGACUGUAGAAUCUCUUGCCAGCUGUAGGGGCGUGCGUCGGCUAGAGAACUACAUCCGCAAAACCUUGUCCCAAGCCAUACAGUACAUGAGGGACCCUGAAGUCAUUCCCGAGGAAAAGGAGAAAUGGAACCUUGACCGGGAACGUGAUGUGGAUGCUAUUGAAGAUUAUAAACUAGCAGAACGUGUCAUCGGUUCUCGUGAGAUCGAUGGUGAAACGCAGUACUACGUCAAAUGGAAACGGCUCUUUUAUGACUCCUGUACUUGGGAACCUGCGUCCCUCGUCAGCGAGAUUGCUCAGCGGGAAAUCGAUCGUUAUCUUGACCGCUGCUCCCAUCCACCUAUAUCAAACAAAAUGGAAUCAAACCCUGCAACGCGAGCUCCCUUCGAGCCUAUCCAUGGCACCCCAAGCUAUGUUAUGAACGGCGAACUCAAGGAGUUCCAAGUCAAAGGUGUGAACUUCAUGGCGUAUAACUGGGUUCGUGGUCGAAAUGUGGUCCUUGCUGAUGAGAUGGGCUUGGGGAAGACUGUCCAAACGGUUGCCUUUAUAAGCUGGCUGCGGCAUGUUAGAAAUCAGCAAGGACCGUUCAUUGUCGUUGUUCCGCUAUCUACAAUGCCUUCCUGGGCGGAGACCUUUGAUAAUUGGACGCCUGAUCUGAACUACGUUGUCUACAAUGGCAACGAAGUUUCUCGGAAUAUCAUAAAGGAUUAUGAAUUGUUAAUGGAUGGGAAUGUUAGGCGGCCCAAGUUCCAUGUCCUUUUGACCACUUACGAAUACGUUCUCGUUGACGCUACCUUCCUCAGUCAAAUCAAGUGGCAGUUUAUGGCUGUGGAUGAGGCUCAUCGACUCAAGAAUCGGGAUUCGCAACUUUACUCUAGGCUCGUCGAAUUCAAGUCACCUAGUCGACUGCUCAUCACUGGGACCCCGGUUCAGAACAACCUUGGUGAACUCUCUGCUUUGAUGGAUUUCUUAAACCCCGGGCUCAUCCAAAUUGACGAUGACAUGGACUUGAGUUGUGAAGCGGCCAGUGUGAAGUUAGCGGAACUUACCAAAUCCAUUCAACCCUACAUGCUUCGCCGUACUAAAUCAAAGGUCGAAUCGGAUCUGCCCCCGAAAUCAGAGAAGAUUAUUCGAGUCGAAUUAUCAGAUGUCCAACUUGAAUACUACAAAAACAUCCUGACGAAAAACUACGCUGCUCUAAACCAAGGAAGUAAAGGCCAGAAGCAGUCCUUGCUAAAUAUCAUGAUGGAGCUAAAGAAGGCCAGCAAUCAUCCGUUUAUGUUUCCCAACGCUGAGUCUAGGAUAUUAGAGGGGAAGACUGGCCGUGAAGAAAUGAUGCGUGCCAUCAUCACGAGCAGUGGCAAAAUGAUGUUGUUGGAUCAACUUUUGGCCAAAUUAAGGAUGGCCAUCGUGUUUUGA